AUGGCGUGGCCGUGCAUCACACGGGCCUGCUGCAUCGCCCGUUUCUGGAACCAGCUGGACAAGGCGGACAUCGCCGUGCCGCUGGUUUUCACCAAGUACUCGGAGGCCACCGAGCACCCGGGCGCCCCACCGCAGCCGCCACUGGCACAACAGCAGCCGGCGCUCGCGCCCCCCUCCGCGCGCGCGGUCGCCAUAGAGACGCAGCCGGCCCAGGGCGAGUUGGAUGCAGUUGCCCGGGCAACAGGGCCGGCGCCCGGGCCUAGCGGCCAACGCGAGGGUGCGGCUGCGCCAGGCCGUAGUGGGCCUGGCCCGGGCGCGGGCUCAGGCUCCACCUCCAGCGCAGGCCCGGCGGACUCGGUGAUGCGACAGGACUAUCGAGCCUGGAAGGUGCAGCGGCCCGAGCCUAGCUGCCGGCCGCGCAGUGAGUACCAGCCAUCCGAGCUGUCCUGGCGGCUGGAAAGGCUUCCGGCGCUGACGAGCGCGAUACGCGCAGGAAGGCCGGGCCCGCGGAUGAUGCGUCGCUCUGAAGGGUACGAGCACUCGCCGCUUCCCGCCGCCCAGGCCCAGGCCGAAGAGGGUGGCCCAGCGGCUGGAAAGGCUUCCGGUGCGGAUGAGCGCGACACCCGCAGGAAGGCCGGGCCCGCCUGGAUGGUGCGCCGCACAGAAGGGCACGACCAGACGCCUGUGCCCGCCCAGGCCCAGGCCGAAGAGGGUGGCCCAGCGGCUGGAAAGGCUUCCGGUGCGGAUGAGCGCGACACGCGCAGGAAGGCCGGGCCCGCCUGGAUGGUGCGCCGCACAGAAGGGCACGACCAGACGUCUGUGCCCGCCAUCCAGGCCCAGGCCGAAGAGGGUGGCCCGGCAGCUGGGAAGGCAUCGGGGGCGGAUGAGCGCGACACGCGCAGGAAGGCCGGGCCCGCCUGGAUGGUGCGCCGCACAGAAGGGCACGACCAGACGCCUGUGCCCGCCAUCCAGGCCCAGGCCGAAGAGGGUGGCCCCGCAGCUGGGAAGGCAUCGGGGGCGGAUGAGCGCGACACCCGCAGGAAGGCCGGGCCGGCUUGGAUGGUGCGCCGCACAGAAGGGCACGACCAGACACCUGUGCCCGCCAUCCAGGCCCAGGCCGAAGAGGGUGGCCCGGCAGCUGGGAAGGCAUCGGGGGCGGAUGAGCGCGAUACCCGCAGGAAGGCCGGGCCCGCCUGGAUGGUGCGCCGCACAGAAGGGCACGACCAGACCCAGGCCACAGGCCCCGAAGGUGGCAAGGGGCGCGCAGUAGCGGAUGCCCUCAACCGGCAAAUCCGUGAGGAGGUAACAAGUGCAGUGAGCAGCUCCUACAGGAACGAAUUCAAAGCAUGGACGGAUAUCAAGCCUGUGAAACCAAUCAAAGCCAAGCCCCAGUACAAGCCUCCAGAUGACAAGAUGGCUCAUGAGACCAGUUACAGUGCUCAGUUCAAAGGGGAGGCCAAUAAGCCUACCACAGCUGACAAUAAAGUCAUCGAUCGCAGAAGAAUACGCAGCCUCUAUAGUGAACCUUUCAAGGAACCCCCAAAGGUGGAGAAACCUAGUGUUCAGAGUUCCAAACCAAAAAAGACCUCAGCAAGCCAUAAGCCCCCGAAGAAGGCCAAAGACAAGCAGGUGGUGUCGGGCCAGGCCGCCAAGAAAAAGAGUACAGAGGGCACUGGUGCCACCAAACCUGAUGACAAGGAGCAAAGUAAAGAGAUGAACAAUAAACUGGCUGAGGCUAAAGAGAGUCCCGUCCAGCCUGCUGGAGAUUUAUAUAAGAAUCAAGGUCCUGUAGCCACAGAGCCAGACAAGAGUCAAGCUCCUGUGGGCCCAGGACUCCUAAAAAGUCAAGGUCCUGUGGUCCAAGAGCCUCCGAAGGAUCAAGGUCCUCUAGUUCCUGAGUCUCCAAGGGGUCAAGGUGCUGUGGUUCCGGGGCCUCUGAAGGAUAUUGGUCCCCUGGCCCCAGGACCCAUCAAAGAUCAAGAUCACACAGUCCUUGGGCCCUUAAAGAACGAAGGUUCUGCACUCUCAGCACCAGCCAAGGACCAAGCUCCCUUGGUCCCAGAGAAUCAGAGUCCUGUGGUUCCAGCACGAGUUAAGGAUUCAGAGUCCAUGGUACCAGCAUCUCUGAAGGAUCAAGGUCCUGUGGCCCCUGAGGCUGGGAAGGAUCAAAGUGCUGAGGUCACAGCACCUGUAAAGGAUGAAGGUCCCGUAGUCUCUGAGCCUGUGAAGAAUCAAGGCUUAGUGGUCCCAGAGUCAGUUAAGGAUCAAGAUGUAGAAGUCCCUGAGCAUCUGAAGGGACCUGAUCCAGUGGUUGUGCCACCCAUAAAGAAUCAAGGUUCUAUGGUCCCUGAGUCUGUGAAGAACCAAGACCCCAUGGUUCCAGCACUAGCCAAGGAUCAAGGUUCCGUGGUCCCAGGGCCUCCAAAGAAUCAAGGUCCUGUGGCCCCUGAGCCCAUGAAGAAUCAAGUUCCUCUAGUCCUGGUGCCUCUGAAGGAACCAGGUCCUCUGGUGACAGCACCAGCAAAGGACCAAGGUCCUGUGGUCCCAGAGCCUUUGAAGACUCCAGGUCCCAGGGGCCUUCAACUGCCCUCUGUCUCACCUCCGCCCCCAGUCAUGAUCCCCACGGCCCCCCACGCAGAGUAUAUUGAGGGAUCCCCUUGAUGCCCCCCUUUGACUUGCCAUUGAAGGAGCUGCCAGUGGAAAAGUGCUCCCCUCCCGGGGCGGGGGGGCACAUAUUUAAUCUGCAUGAAGCUGUGCUCUAUAGUCUUGCUGGAAUCUAAUAAAACUGGUCCC